AUGGACCAGUCAAAUAUGACAUCCCUUGCUGAGGAGAAAGCCAUGAAUACCUCCAGCAGAAAUGCCUCCCUGGGGAGCUCGCCCCCACCCAUUCCCAUAGUGCACUGGGUCAUCAUGAGUAUCUCCCCUCUGGGCUUUGUGGAGAACGGGAUCCUCCUCUGGUUCCUCUGCUUCCGGAUGAGGAGAAACCCCUUCACAGUCUACAUCACCCACUUGUCCAUAGCUGACAUCUCCCUCCUGUUCUGUAUUUUUAUUCUAUCCAUUGACUACGCUUUAGACUAUGAACUGUCUUCUGGUCAUUACUACACAAUCGUGACGUUAUCGGUGACUUUUCUAUUUGGCUACAACACGGGCCUCUAUCUGCUGACGGCUAUCAGUGUGGAGAGGUGCCUGUCGGUCCUCUACCCCAUCUGGUACAGAUGCCACCGCCCCAAGCACCAGUCGGCAUUCGUCUGUGCUCUCCUGUGGGCACUUUCGUGCUUGGUGACCACCAUGGAGUAUGUCAUGUGUAUCGACAGCGAAGAAGAGAGUCACUCUCGGAGCGACUGCCGGGCGGUCAUCAUCUUCAUAGCCAUCCUCAGCUUCUUGGUCUUCACUCCGCUCAUGUUAGUGUCCAGCACUAUCUUGGUGGUGAAGAUCCGGAAGAACACGUGGGCCUCCCAUUCGUCAAAGCUGUACAUGGUCAUCAUGGUCACCAUUAUCAUAUUCCUCAUCUUCGCCAUGCCCAUGCGGGUCCUCUAUCUGCUGUACUACGAGUACUGGUCGGCCUUUGGGAACCUCCAUAACAUCUCCUUGCUUUUCUCCACCAUCAACAGCAGCGCCAACCCUUUCAUCUACUUUUUUGUGGGCAGCAGUAAGAAGAAGCGCUUCAGGGAGUCCUUAAAAGUAGUCCUGACCAGGGCUUUCAAAGACGAAAUGCAACCCAGGCGCCCGGAGGGCAACGGCAACACUGUAUCCAUUGAGACCGUGGUCUGA